GAAAAACAAUUAUACACCACAGCUACCAGAAAGUCAGAACUGCUUAGCUACCUGUCUAAUGGAUAAACAAUUGGGCUAACUCUGGUUUUGAUAAUUCUUGCCAAAAUGUUACCCCGUUGGACCGUUUCUCUUGAAGGAGGACCAAGAAGGGUAAAUCAUGCAGCUGUUAUCGUCAAUCACAGAAUCUUCAUGUUUGGUGGAUAUUGCAUGGGGGAAGAUUACAAUAAAUUGAGGCCAAUCGAUACUUAUGCACUUAAUACAUAUUCUUACCGAUGGUGUAAGAUUUCUUCCAACCAGAAAGACAACGAUGAAAUACCUUUUAUGAGGUAUGGCCACGCUGCUGUUGCUAUUGGUGAAGUAGCUUACUUAUGGGGAGGAAGAAAUGACUCGGAAGGAGCUUGUAAUAAACUCUAUUGUUUUGACACAGAUAAUUUGCACUGGACGAAAGUGAAAGUGCAAGGAAACUGCCCGGGUGCACGAGACGGACACGCAAUGUGCGUCGUCAACGGAAACAUCUUCAUGUUUGGUGGUUUUGAAGAACUGGCUGAGCAGUUCUCCAAUGAAAUGUACAUGUUGGAUGUUUCUACAAUGACAUGGGUGUUUAUCACAGAGAUGGAGGGAAAGCCGGCAAAUUGGAGAGACUUUCACACACUGACCUCUAGUGGGGAUAUGAUCUAUGUAUUUGGUGGCCGAGAAGAUUUGAAUGGUUUGCUUUACACAAGGCACGAGGUUUAUGAUAACACUCUCAAGGUGUUUUGCACUAGAAGGAAAAAGUGGUUUGAACCGGUUCAUACCGACUCAAAGCGGCCUGUGGGUAGAAGAAGCCACUCAGCAUUUGUGUACAAAGGAUGCUUGUACAUAUUUGGUGGCUACAACUCUAUAUAUAACAAGCACUUUAACGAUUUAUGGAAAUUUGAUCCAGAAACCAGUAGAUGGAGUGAAGUUAAAACACUUGGGAAAUCUCCCCAAGCGCGUAGAAGACAAUGUGCGUGUUUGUUUGAAGACCGACUCUUCAUAUUUGGAGGCACCAGUCCAUCAGAAACAGGAGUGAUGUCUCAUUUACUUGGCAACGAUGUUUUAUUGGAUCAUAACGAUACUCAUAUCCUCGAUUUUUGUCCAUCUCUUAAAACACUUUGUAUGCUUUCCAUACUUAAACAUGAUCUUAAUCAAUCUUGGUUACCAGCUCCAAUCAGGUGGGAAAUUAAAAUGAUGGUCACUCCCAACAGCUUGACAACUUCUGAGACUUGAAAAAAUAACUGUGCUUCGUUUUUAAUUUUUAUUAUUGUUUGUUAUAAGAUUUUAUUUGGCAAAAUACUUUGUUCUGAUAUGCCUUAGUGCGUAAUCAUGGAAUAUACAGCCUUGGAUAACCAAGUAAAUAAGCAUGUUCGUUUUUAAUUUUAUGUAAAUUUUUAAGCAUAGUUCUAUACAUCUCAUUGUUAAAGAUUUAUUUAUACAUUUAAACUAAAUUCACUUCUGUUAAUAUCCGCUACCGUUGCUUUUUAACUUUUAUCAUGUACAGAGAUGUUUUAUUGCAUUGUGUUUUGCAAUCAUGUUUUGCAUAUAUUAGGCAUAUUAAAUAUGACUUUUUCUAUCUUUGUUUUGUUUACUAACGCGUGUUUUGCUGGUGAACCGUUGUCUUCAGAUCAAACAAAAGAAAAUAUAUUUUCUGAUCUACAGAAA